AUGUCGUCUUUUCAUUAUCUAUUUAUUUUUGGUAAUCUUCUACUGAUUUUUAUCUCAUUGACUAAAGCCGCUUCUUUGGAUGAACGCUGUGACUCGAACCCAGAAUGCAUUGGAACUGGUUUGAUUUGCCACACAAAUCUAUGUCAAUGUGAUGCGCCUUGGUAUAAACCAUGCAACACAGUUUGCGAGGUUCAACAACAAAGUGUAUAUGAAGGUGACACAUGUCGUGUUGACGAUAAUUGUAUGCGUCACGCUCGAUGUGAUAAUUCAUCGAAAAAAUGUGUUUGUAAAGAAACUUUCUCUUCGUUCAACGGACUUUGCAGGAAGAAAUAUAAUGAAACUUGCGCGGGCAACGACGAAUGUGUGUCAAAUAUUUGUGAUAUUAGUUUACGACGAUGCACAUGCCAAGAUGGUUCUGAGCCUUUAAAUGAUGGGCGCUGCAGAAGAAUAUUAGCACGGCUAUAUCUAAACUGGGCACAAGCAAAUGAGAGCAAAGAUUUCUGUUAUAACGAUGAUUCAUGUUUGAAUAUUUUGGCAACGUGUAGAAACGAUGGAAAUCGCAUGGAAAAAUUUUGUCAAUGUCCACCAAAUGGUUAUACUACGGAUUUCAAUAAUCAAAAAUGCAUCGCGAAUGAAAUCGAACGAUUAUCACCCAUGAAUGAACAAACAUCAACUGAUAAUACAACGUGCGUAUUUUGCAAAGAUAAUAAUGCUGUUUGUGCAAAUGUUGGUAAUAAAGAUACAUGUUGGUGUCGUGCUGGAUACGACAAAGUGGGAAAUGAAUGUCAAAAUAUUCGUUACAAAUUCAUCUUUCCAACUGCAAUGGAUUCUGCGCAACAUUCGUUUAGCAGCACUUGCAGCAUUAACGGAAGUAUAGAAAGCGUUCAAGACAGUUUAUGUUCCUGCGCAGCCUAUCAAGAAUAUGACGCUGCGACUCGACAUUGCAAAAAUAUUGAACGUCAAUGGAUAAGUGAACAUUUUGAAUAUGGAAUAUGUACACGAAUAAAAUCUGACGCAGUAGCACAAGGGCCCAUCAAUGCAUUAUGUCCUCCACCACUUCAAUGUCGGGCAAAUGGAGAUAAGUAUGUUUGUUCAUGUGGUUCAAAUAAAUUUCUUCAAUCAGAUGCGAUUGGAGUUCGAUGCGUCUAUCGUCUUGGAAAACCAGCUGAAAAUUCAUCAUGUCCAAUGAAUGCCGAUUUUAUCAAUAAUACUUGUGUAUGUAAAGCUGGAUAUAAUCAAGUUAACGAAGAUCGAGGAUGUGAAUUAGUCCUCGAGCAUCAAGAGACGUUAGCUGAUUGCAGUACAAGCGGGUCAGUUGCAGCAAAUAAUUCGUGUAAAACAUCAUUUGGAGGAGCAGCUCGAUAUUGCCGCCCAGGUGUUUGCCGUUGUGAUCCUACUAUAUCAUUUCGUAACCCAGCGCCUGUUGUUUGUUAUAGUCUUUUGGGUGUUUCACAACCUGAACCUAACUGUCCACCAGGCUCAAAACCUCCAAAUGCCGGUACAUGUGAAUGUAAAGGUGAAAAUCGAAAAUCGAAUGAUAACAGACGCUGUGAUCCGAAAUCUUUACUAUAUAAUUGGAACGAAGCUACAGUUAAUCAAGCUGAUCUUCAGCGAGGAGAUUGUGCAGCGCUCUAUAGUGGCUGGCUUGCUGAUUUCAAUGAUACGGCUUCUAUAAAAGUUUGUCAAUGUGCACCAAUUGCAUUCAAGAGUCCGUCUGGUGUAGAAUGUUGGCCUCUGGUAUAUACCGAUCUUACUGGAAGCGUUUCUGCAUGUAACAUACCGAAUUCAAUGUCAAGUAUAACUAAUAGCAGACGAUGCGAAUGCCGAUCGGGCUAUCGACCAUCAAAUUUAAUGAAAAGAGAUUGUGUUCGUAUACCGGGUAGACUCGAUGAAUCUAUUGUUAUAAAUAUACCUGAUGUUAAUCCGAUAACUGCGAGCGACUGUCGAGCGUUGUUUGGUGUACUCGCAGAAUUGAAUAACAGUCGAUGUGUUUGUCCCGAUGAUAUUUCUUUUGCAAACAAUGAUGGAAGUCGAUGUCAUGGAAUCUUAAAUAAACCAACGGGGUUUCAAACUCUGAUAAGCUCUGACUGCCCACAACAUGCAUCCACAAAGAUAACUGGGACAUGCCAAUGCAAUGAAGGUUUUGUUUCAAGUGCAGACAAUCGUAUUUGUACAACGGUUGAUAUUCCCUUGGUUGGCACCAAAGAACCACUUUCAGCAAACAGUUGUACCAACUUUACUACUGAUAAUUGUAUUGCGAAGUAUGGUACAGACUCGUUCUGUGAAAACAAUCAAUGCUGGUGUAAUCGUAAAUCAUCGUUCAACAUAAAUGAUAAUCGAUGUGAAAGUUUUUCAAACUACAUUUUCCCGGGUCUACACGAACGACAUAAUGUUUCGUGUGAUGUUGAUGCAGACUGUACUCGUGAUAAUGUUAAUAUAGAUACUGUUGAGUGCACACACAGAACAAGUGCAAGUAGUGAUUAUAAAGUGUGCGUAUGUAAACAUGGCUUAUUUUUAAAUCCAUUUACACAAACAUGUGAAUCUCGCUGUCCAUCGGAUUGUAAUAAUCGGGCAAAUAGUGUAUGUAAUGGAUACAAUUGCGUUUGUAAACAAGGUUUUAUCGAAGAAAACAAUACUUGUGUUCCAGUUAAAGAACAAAUACAAUUAUACAAACCAUGCAAUUCUUCAUUUGUUGCAACUGAAAAUAUUGAUGUCACAUGUUCAUCAUGCAAUCGCGGUGAAUGCGCAUUCAGUUAUAGAGAUACUGGUUUUCAAUGCGCUAAAUUCAACUUUGAUAAUGAUCGUUGUGUAACACAGGGUCCUAAUGUUUGUAACGCCCUGAUUGGCAAUUCCCGAUGUUUUGAGGAGGAAAAUAAAUGUGUGUGUGAAUCAGGUUAUUACCGAGAUGAAAAUCUAUGUGCUCUAUCCGUCGAUUCAAGAUGUACUACGCCAGAACAAUGUGGUAGCAACGGAAUUUGCUCGGGUCAACGAUGUCGAUGUGCUGAAGGCAAACGAGUUCAAAAUGCAAUUGAUGCAUUUGGCCGUUCAAUACAACGUUGUAUUAAUGAUAAUACUAAUGGUGCUGAUCAAAUCCGAUUCAGUUUCAUCUCAGUAUUAUUCUUUAUAUGUGUUCGUAUAUUCUUUAUAUAA